GCUGUCAUUGGUGGUGGCACAGGUGACCGCAGACGCUCUGAGCUGUGACAAUAUAGUGACCGUCAAAUCGAAAAUAUAUUAUUUUAUCGUAGAGUCAGCGGUCGUAUGAGUUUACAGGUGUAGAAAAGCUUAAAAAACUCAUAAAGGUUGAAGUUUUGUCUUUUUUUUAUUUGCUGCGACACUUUGUGUCGGUUCCUGCUGGGUCGGAGGAGCACAUUGAGAAACGGGCACACACUUUUCUCCAACCUGACCUUCAGAGCGGUUUAAACUACCUCUCGGGCUGGACUGUGGUGCGUUAACGUCGGCUCGCCCUCCCCUGCCCCCCCGUCCCUCAGCCAUGGCCUCACGCAUUGGACUGCGGAUGCAGCUGAUGCGAGACCAGCUGCAGCAGGAGGAGCAGCGCGAGCGGCAGCAGCAGCAGAAUGCAGCCCUCCAGUACAUGCAGCACCACAUGGCUCGGCCUCCCGCACCCACGCCGGCCAUAAGCACUCCGCAACAUUACCAGAGCAUGCAGGUCCCGGUGGAGGUUCUGAAGGUGCAGACUCACCUUGAAAACCCGACAAACUAUCAUCUCCGUCAGGCACAGAGGCAACAAGUUAAAGAAUACCUUUCAACCACCUUUGCCACCAAACAGACGGUCCAUGCAGUGUCGGGACUGGGGGUGCCAUCUCCCCCCCAAAACAGGGUACCCACGGGUGGCUCAGGCUCUGCCCCCCCACCCAUGUGCUCCCCACACAUCCGUACAGAACAGCUCAUAUCUGGAAACAGCGCCCCCAACAGCCCCAUGGCCAUGCUCGACAUCAGCUCCAGCCACGAGAAAGAGAUGGAUGAUGUUAUUGAUGACAUAAUCAAUAUGUCUAACUAUGAUGAUCAGCCAUACAUUGAUCCUGUCCAGAUGCCAAACACUCUCCCCCUGUCAAGCAGUCACCUGGACGUUUACUCCGGCCCCGGAAUGAAAGGGCCCGCCAUUACUAUGACCAGUAACUCCUGUCCUGCCAACCUCACCAUCAAGCGCGAACUUUCAGAUGCAGAAGCCCGGGCGCUGGCCAAGGAGAGACAGAAAAAAGAUAACCACAACCUGAUUGAAAGGAGGAGAAGAUUCAACAUCAAUGACCGCAUCAAAGAGCUGGGCACUAUGAUUCCCAAAACUAAUGACCUUGAUGUGCGCUGGAACAAAGGCACCAUAUUGCGAGCUUCUGUAGAUUAUAUUAAACGAAUGCAGAAAGAUGUAGAGAGGUCCAAAGAGGUGGAGAAUAAUUUCAAAAGGAUGGAAAUGGCCAAUAAACAGCUGAUGCUACGGAUCCAGGAGCUGGAAAUGCAGGCUCGUCUGCACGGGCUGCCCAACGCGUCUCCCUCUGGUCUCAGCCUGCCUGACAUGAUGCCUCCGUACAUAAAACAAGAGACCAGCCCGGAAGAGAACCUGCCUCACAGCCAUCCGCAGGUCCAUCACCAGCCCCACCACCUGCACCACAACCACGCUCAGCCCCAGCCCCAGCAGCACCACUAUAUGCCCCAGCCCCACCUCCACCCCCAGGAUCACAUGCAGCCUCAAACCAGGCAGCUGCCCCCCCUCCCGCCACACCUCCAGCCCCAGCAGCCCAUCCAGUACCCCGCCGUGGGCAGCUCCCAGCCCUUUGACUUUGUCCAAUCGCUGGACUUGUGCGAUGGAAUACCUGGAUUUUCAGACGGGAUGGCAGGGCUGGGCGACCUGAGUGGACUCGAUGUCCAAAUGAGAAGAGGCGACAUGGGCCUGCUGAUGAUGGACGAACCUCUGUCCCCUAUGGUUGGUGACCCCCUGCUCUCUGCGAUGUCCCCCGAAGCCUCUGUUGACUCCAGCCGCAGAUCCAGCUUUAGCAUAGAGGACGGAGACAUCAUGUAGAUGCACUCACUCAAGGGCAUGAGGUUUGAUGGUUGCUGUUUAAGACGACUUAGUCAAGUAAAACAAAAAAAAAAAAGAGAAACGAUACACAUGAAGGAACACAUUACACACGUUUUACACAUAAGUGACACUCAGUCGUUGUACAGUUCUUUGUUUUGUAGGUAUGGGAAGACGAGGGGACACUGCAGUCACGCUGAUGAAACCAUGCUGUACAGAGCACGUUUUUGCACGCACACAUACACACAAGUGCCUAUGGAAUGAUUGUGAACGAGCUCUGCCUUUACAAGCUGAGAGCCAACACAGCCAGAUCAGUUAUUCAGCACAAGAGGACCCUGAAUCAUAAUUGAAAAGUGAGCAAAAAAGCACUGUUUAAUUAGACUGAUGCUAUAAGACACGAGGACAUCUGAGAGCGUUGACUCACGUGAUAGAGGACAAGCUAUUUGGCCUCUCCACAACCUCUUAUAGCAACCGUAAAUGAUUGAAUGAAUCACAGUUAAUAAAAUGGAAAUAGCUUUCUUGUCUUGGCUGUAUAAAUUAUCUGGAGGGGGAACUGUGUUGCGUUCCUUUGUCUUUUUUUAUUUCCUUUAACCUAAAUUGUUAAGAUUUGAACCUGUUUUUGGUCAAAGAAAAAAAUGAUCAAUUUUCUAUUCUACUAAUUGAUUCUUUAUGUUUUUGGCAGUAAAGUUGAUGAGGCUCUGGUGAAUGACGAAGCUGUCUCUUACAUGUGUGGCUUUCACAGUGAUAGCAUCAGAACACGCCUGCCCUCAUACGCUCACGCUCGUGUCACACACACAACCCUUUCAACACAUGGAAACUCGCCCGUCACGUACAAGUGCAUUCUUGCGCUCACACACACACACACACACACACACACGGAAAGUGGCGUGCGCCUUCAGGCUGUUCUAAGAUCAGACUGUUCACCUCAUCAGUCGCCUCCCUCGUAAAUCAAGCAAAACUGACAGCUGCAGAGGUAAAGCUCAGGUCGGGAAUACAAGCUGUCACCCAAAGGUAAUUCAUUACUCCAGUUGUCACAGUGAUACUCGCUGCAGGUUGUGGUGAACCUGUGUUGUUUCUGCUGUGUUGGACCUGGGGCUAAUCUUUUUAUAGCUUUCGAUCAGAACUGAUAGUUAGUAAAAUAGUAAGUGAUUAUUUUUUUGAUUGAAGGCAAGUUUCUUUUUAAGUGUGAUGUUUUUUUUUCCUCCAAAAGCACUGGAAACUAUAUUAUUUUUUUUUUGACUUUGUACAUGAAAUACGAUUAAUUUCAAAUGUUGUAUACCACUAAGCCACUUGACUGUAUUUUAUUUCUGUUUCUUGUUGAAGUUUUGUUUAAUUUUCCAUCUGGUCUUUCUACUUAAAGCUUUUAUUUCUGGAAUUACACGAUGUAUGUUUUUAGGCCAAUGUUGUGAGGGAUAAAGACUAGGGAAGUGAUUUAUAAACAGUCUGACUUGAUUUUAGAGACGGGAGGAAAACAUACAUUUAUUGUAGCUUUUUAUAUGAUCAGAAUUCUAUUUUAUUUCCCAUUUAAUUUAUAAUUUACAUUAGAAGCCAGACAUAGAUCAGUGAUGAUUCUAUGAUGUGACUGAAAUCAAACAGGUUUACCAGGUCUUCUGGUCAGAUUGAAGUAUGUCAGCAUUGCUGUCUCCUUAUCACAGAAACUCUAAGCCAGUGUUUGGUGAAUUUUUUAUUUUUUAUUUUUUUGGUGUUGCCACUGACUCUGCAUCCAUUGUUGUCUGCAAUUGUGCCUUUUUACAGUUUGACUGUUGCACAUUGUCAUUCUGUCAACACUCCCAAGAGCUCCCUGGCCUCCUCUGCUCCUCCACUUGAGGGUGCUCUGCAGAGCAUCUCCACAGGGAUAAGUGGUUUUGAAAUUACUGAAGAUAUAAAAAUGUUCUACAAGACUACA